CUUUGCCAUUCACAGUGUUAAUGUUGUUAGUUCCUUGCCGGUCGUGAAACGCGCUAAUUUUAUGUUGUUUUUGCUAAUAAUUUUAACAUUUAUGACCAGAGCGUAUUGCUAGAAUGAUUGCUCAUGGCACUGCCGUAUUUAAUAUGCAUCCAACUCGUUUUAAUAUAAUUGCGUUUGUUCGGUAAGCAGCACGCGCCCUGCCAUAGAAAGUAAACGUUUGCCGCUCACAGAAAAACACGUGAAACCAAAAACAACAAAACUGAAUACGACCAUGCCUGAGAAUUUGGGAUUUGAGGAGUUCGAUUUUCUGUUAAACACACCGCAAGAACUGUCGCGAAAUGAAAUCAACAGUAGCUUUCCCAUCAAUGGAAAAAAAGCGAAAAAGCGCCUACGAGUCGCCGACCUGAUUGCUAACAACGAUGAGCUGGUGCGCCAGGUGAAGGAGCUGCAGGAACAACAGCAGCAGCUUUGUGGCAUGCAGCGAACCGCGAGCGAGGUAACCGAACUAUACCAGCGGGAGAAACAGCAACGCAUCGAGCUCGAGCGCCGUGCACUUGAGCACAGCGAGCGCUGCGUCGAUCUGGAGAAGCAGUUGGAUGUUCAGAAGUUAAACUGUGAGCACUUGCAGGAAGAGCUAAAGACCAAGUGGCUGCCAGUUGAUGCCAAAGAAAUGAUCAUUAUUUUCAUGCAGUUGACACAGCGCAUUGUCGGCGAUCCUCACGCCAGCGGUCUAACCCGCGCCGAGCAUAAUGUGUUGCGAAAGCUGAAGGACUACUGCAAGUCAGCGAAUAUUUCUAUACCCUCACCAAAGAGCCCCACGAAAAAGCGAUCAAAGGGGGUAGCAGCUGCAACGCAAGCCACACAAACGCAGCCGCUGCCGGACUUACCAACGCCGCCUGCACCCACCAAGCCAGAAAUGUGCUCGAUAGCCAUACAAAGUGAGAGUUUCGUGACCACUCGGGAUCAGGGCAUACAGCACAAAAACACAACAACAACGCGCGGAACGACGACGGCCUCGUUCAUCCAAAUGCAUGAUGUGGGCACGUGCUUUCCAGAGCCUAAGCCCGCCCUGAAUGCUCAUCAAAUAUUGGAUAAGGUUCUCUCCUGGACAAUAACACCGCUCAGCCCCAUCGUGGAUCAAACACCGGCAGCCGAAACGUUGACCACAAACAGUGUGGGCACCUGCACUGAUCUGUGCAAUGUGCAGCGCGAGAUUGACUUUCUGCCACAGCUGCCAGCACAACUGAAGCGCUCUGACUCCCGGCCCCCGUCGCGUGCCAUGUACGACAGCGUCAAGGAUGAGCUAGCGAUGCCUGCGGAUGCGGCUGCGCUUGAUGGCAAUAGCCACCACAUGGCCAAGGAGCUGCUUAGCUUUCUGCCGCAUAAUCAAAGCGUUCUCGCUAAAAUGCCGCCCCAAGUCUUUGAGGAGGUCUGGCAAGUGAUGGGCCAAAUGGUGCUCGUUGCCCUGCAGAGUCGCUCCGCGAGCUCCAUUAGCCAAGCAGAUUUUCGCAGCUGGUUUGAUACGCUAUACGAAACCCAUCAGGCGCAGAAUGUGGCAUGUAGCAGCAAAGGCAGCCACAGGGGUAAGCCCUUAACAUUGAAUUCACUUGGAGACCAACUGAACAACUUGAUUGCAGAACCCCCCGAUUUUCUGGCAGAGGCCGAGCAGCGAGCGCCGCUUGAUGUUUGCAUCGAUUCCAUAAUAGAGCCGCCACCGGAAAUUGGCGUAGACCUGACGCCGAUACGUCUGCCGAUCAAGCCUCAGUUCCGGGCAAGGCCGAAGCGCAAAACCAAGCCAAAGAGGCAAAACCGACGCGCUACACCAUACCCACGACCAAAUCCGCAACCGCAGCCGGAGGCAAUUGCAAAGCCCAUUUCACCCACAGAAACUGCGGUAGACUUCCUAAGCAAUUUAAAUGCUUUCCAUAACAUCAACUGUGAUAAUCUGCACAUUCAAUUGAAUGCAGAGGAGCGUCAAUGGCUGCGAUUGCCAGCUGUAACAGCAAACAAUCAGCAGACGCCGGACACACCUGUUGUUUUUGAGGAGUUUGCCUCACAAAGCCCUGCAGCACAGUCGCCCGAUAGACUGGACAGGCAACUGGCUGCAGAGGAGCAUCAGUCGUCACAAAAUUACAGUGCAGAAGGGGAUAAUCCACAGUCGCCAGUCACAAAUGUCGAUUGUGAGCAGGCUGCGCUCGGAGAUCAAAGCAGCAAAGCGCAAUUGUGGUCCUUAUUCGGCAGUGAUUCGGAUUCGGAAGAUGGAGAAGCACACCAAAAUAAAGCUGAACAAGCAUGUCAGCAGGGGAAAGCAGCGAGUGAAGCAUCAAACGAUUUUUUUACGCACGGCAUAGACUCCAAAAAUCUAGUCGUCGAUAUAGUACUACCAAAAGCUGCAGAGGGAUUGCCGACGGCGUUAACCAAUCAAACAGCAAGCGACCCCGGCACAUGUGAAUCACAGUCGGCACAAAGCGAAAAAGUAAGCUCCUCUAUCAGCUGCGAGUCACAGCCACAGACAACAAGCGAAGAAGCAGCGGAUUCUGAUGUGGUCAGCGUCGAUAAACGUUCAGUCCUCAAUGAGAAGCCUUGCAACGACUACAAACACCACGAGGAAGAUAUAAAACUGGCAAUUGUAAAGCAGCCGCCUGCUGGCAAACGCAUGCGAAAAACAAGCGAACGUAGCGAAUCCGAGUCGCAGCCGUCAUCAAAUGAAAAAUUAAACGAUUCGAAUACGGAUAGCAUGGACAGUAUCUUGGCUACCAAUGAUGGUAUUCACAGCGUAAAUGUAAUAAUUCCAAAUGCCGCAAGGAGUCUCACUGUACCACGGCCAGCUGGUAUUAGCAGGCGAAAAGUCGACAAGCGCAGCACAUCCGAGUCAAGUGAAGCCACUGACUCCGAUACGGGCAGCACGAAUAGCAACUUAAUCAUCAAUGAUGCGGAUCUUCGCAGCAACUCCGAUGACCACAAUAAAGUAGAUAAGUUUAUAGAGACGUUGCCUUUUAGCGAAUCCAUGCAAAAAGGAAACUCUUGUAUCAGUUCCGAGUCUAGGCCAGCCACAAGUGAAGAAGAUGGUGACAUUCAAUUCAACUCCGAUUACCACAAUGAUCAAAUAAAACUGCCAAAUGUAGAGCAGUCGCAUAUGCGGAUGCGCGUUGUCAAACGAAGUCGAAAAUCAAGCAAGGGCAGCACAUCCGAGUUUCCAUCGGCGUCAAGUGAAGAAGCAAACGAUUCGGAUACAGACAGCAUGGACAGGCCUUUAGUCAUUAAUGAUGGUUAUCUGUCCAGGGGAUCGGAUCCCCACGAUGAAGAUAUUGAGCUUCCUAAUGAUAUAGAUAAGCUGACUGCGACAACGCCUCCUGAAGAAACAACCGACUCGGAUGCGGACAGCACGAACAUGCGUUUAGAUAUCAAUUAUAAUGAUCUGCACAGCGAUUCCGAUCAACACAAUGAAGAAAUGAAACUUGAAAAUGCUCUUGAGCAGCUGCCUGUGAGCAUGCCUGCUGGCAAACGCAAGCGGAACUCAAGCACGCGCAGCACAUCCGAGUCGCAGCCGGUUGAGAAGCGUCUUACGCGACUCCAAGCCAAGCAGCUGUUGCUUGAAGCAGAUAACCAGGAAUCGAUCAAAGUCACAAGUGAAACGCAGCCCAGCUGCAUAGAUGCUUAUUCGCCCAUGUCGCCGGUUGGCUGCGAGCAGAUUGACAGCGAGCCCAUCGAAAUUCCGCUAGAGACGCCCGGCGGGGAGCACAGCGCGAGUGUGCCAAAGGCGUUGCUAUGUUUCCUGGUGAACGCUGUCAAAGCCAAUGCCAAACAGCGUGGACAUCGCAAGCAGAAGCCAAACAAGAAACAAAUGGAGCAACUACAACCAAAAAUUGUGGAUUACUUAAAGCACUCGGGGCAGCUGGAUUGGAGCUCCGUUCAGCUGGCAACAGCCGAUUCCCAUGUGCUUAUCAACGUGCUGAUAACGGCAUAUGGAGAACUGCAGCUGGAAGCUGCUGAUGGCAGCGCCCUGGAGCGUCUGCUGACUGUGAUUAGGCAGUUGGAUUGCCAGAGCUGCACGUUUAUCGAGCGAUUUAUGAACACGUUGGAGCAGCGUUUAUUUAGCCUGAAGGAGCGACUCACAGAGCAGGUGGCAAUCAAAUUUGUGAAACUCUAUUUGCAGUUGAUUGGACUGCAGGCAAGCCUAGCGAGUCCCGUCGAGAGUUAUGUUAAUCCCGCGCGCCUAUUGCUAGCCAAAAUACUCUACCAUUAUAGCAAGCAGAUGACGCAACUGGUACUGGAGGUGCUAUGCCAUUUUCCCACCGUGCUGCCGCAUCGAGAGGAACGAGAUUAUGAUCAUGCGGAUCCAUUGAUUACGGUCAUCAAGCAUCUGCUGAUGAGCCAUCAGUACAAUGUCACUGAUCCGCAUGGCACCGAUCGGGCGCUAAUCUCCAAGCUACGCUUUGAAUAUCACUUUCAGCCCUUUGAGCCCACCAAGCAGCAGGUGAUCGAGAAUCUGGUGGAGAAAAUAAAAGCUGGCCGCGCCCAUCAGCUUAGCUACGCCUUUGCGCUGUUUUGCAGGCGAAGCGCUUAUCUGAAUGUAAGCAAUGUGCUGGCGGAACAUCUGCUGCCGUUGGCCAACAGCUACUGUGAUCUAUGCGUCCAAAGCGAGGAGUACGAUGCGCGGCUGGAAUGCUUGCUGCAGUGCAUCUCAAUGAUUGUCAAACAGCUGCCGCUGGAUGGCAAAUCUGAUAUCGCUGGCUACAUAACGCUCUUCAAGCGAAUACUCGUAGCGGUGCCGCGACCCCUUGUCCAGCAAGCAGCCGUCCAAGCCAUAUUGCGCACACAGCGCUUCGGCUACGGAUUUGCUCUGGACGCCCUGCAGGGCUAUAGGCCGAGCUAUCAGUUAACAUCUCUGACACGUGCCAUGCUGCGCAGCUUUGCUGAACGCCGGCAGCAGUAUCUGCUGUAUCAGUAGUGAGGAUGGUUUCCGAAUUUCGAGUUGGUAAAUUCUAAAAUGAACAUCGAAUUAGCAAGGAAUACACACAUUAAAUGUAGAAAUGAUUGCACGUUAAAUGGAAAAAGCGUGGAGUUGGUGUUAAAUGAGCAGCACAGAAAUUUUAGCAUAGUUGUCAAAUGUACAAAAUA